AUGGUUGUGGGGGCAUUUCCUAUUGCAAAAUUAGCUGCUUUAUUAAUACGACAGGUUAGCAAGCCCAUAGCUAAUGCUGCGAAGGAACGAGCCAAAAGUCAUCCCUUUUUUAGAACCUACGUUUGUAUGCCUCCAGCUCAGUUUUAUAACUGGUGCGAAGUAAAGGCAAAAAUGUGGAUUUUAAACUUGGGUAAACCUGUAAAUAUUCCAGUACUUAGUCAGGAAAUGGCUAUUGAUCUUGGUGCAAAUUUACUGGGAGAAACAUUGAUUUUCACUGUAGCUGCUACUAUAUUGUUGUUUGAGUACAACAGGCAGGCUAAAAAAGAAAAUGCCAAGGAAACCAAGAGAGAAAAUGAAAUGAAUCAUAUUAUGACAACCAUCACUGAUCUUUACUUCACUGUUCAACAGCAACAAACACAGUUGAAGGAAAUGGAAAGAAUAAUCUAUUCAAUAAGUGGCCGGAAACCAACAGUUCCUCCCCCCACAAUUAAGGAGCCAUCUUUACCAAAACCCAUGUCACCACCACCAAAACCACCCACUGUCUGUGAUCCCAAGAUAUCUGAUAUGACAUAUGACAGGCAUGACAAUAUCAUUGUUACCUCAACACCAUAUCCAAAUAAUGGUGUAAUUUUACAAUCACUCAACUAUAUACAGAUGGAUGCGUUUAGUUCGCUAUUUCCUUACAAUAACAGUGGGGAUCUAAGUAAGGAAGAACCAAUAUCUGAUGAAAAGCAACAAACACACAUGCGGGAGUCUGCUAUUUUAACUUCAGCACUGGUCAACAUAGAAAAUAACUUCAGAAGUUUAUUUUGA